AUGUCUCUCUCAAUCGUCGUAAUUAAUGUGGUACUUGGACUUCUAUCGCUAACGCCCUCUGUUGGAACGAUACAAGCUUUGCCGUACUGCAAGCAUCCCAGCGCUCUUGCACCAGACAUUCGAGAUCCCUUAUUCGCGGAAAUUACUAUAGUCAAGCAACAGUAUCCAAAUGGCAUGAUAUACAGUUGCGAUCUGGACGUCCAGGCGCUUGAUCUUCUAACGAAAGGUGAUAGUAAAGGGCUCAAAAAUACUACAUUCACUAGUCGUCGGGUACAAUUUGAUGUGUUGGCUAAAAAUGCUGCCCAAGCAUGGUUUGCAACGCUGAAGACGAUGGUUCCCAUGAAAGAAUUCGGUUGCAACAUGAGAGAAGAACCCCACGGCGUGUAUGAAGUGGGCUGUCUUUAUAAGAACUAA